AUGAGCGAAUCCCAGCCACAGCAGGCCAGCGGCGGCCAGCAGCAAGGCCAGCAGCUGCUACGCCCCGAUGACAUCCUCAAGCUACAAUGUCUUCCCGAAGACGAGAAGCAGAAGUACCGCUUGAUCAUGCAGAGCUCGUGGAACAUCUUCAACAACAACCCGCCGGGCAGCCAGGAGAAUACCACGGCGCGUCAGAAGCUGACGGACUGGUCGCAGAAGUUCAUCGCGCGCGAACGCCAAUAUCGCGCAAAGAUGAAGGCACAGCAGCAACAGGGAAAUCAGAACCAAGCACAAGCUGGACAGUCGAGUGCAGCCGGCCAGCAGAACCCCAAUGCGGUCAAGCAGGAAGGAGGCCAGGGUCCCAAUGGAGGAGCUGGUGGUGCCGGCGCGCAACCCAACCAGCAGAACCAAGGACACCAGCCCAACCAAGGCCAGAACCCAGGACGCGGCCAGGUCGAUCCUGCUAUCGUCAAGCAUGUCCACGAGUUCCCCAUGCAGGGACCCACGAAUGGACCGGCGCCAGGCACACCCGAGUACGAGACCAAGAUCAAGGAGUACCGAUCUGGUUAUCUUAACAUGCUUGCCAAGCAAGCUUCCUUUAACGAGCAGAGACGGCGGCUUGUUCAUCAGCUUACCGAAAGGCAGAACAAUGGGCAGGAACUACCCCAGGAACAGCUCAUGAUGAAGGCCAACAUCGAGAAGGAGUCUGCUAAGAUCAAGGCUCAGAUUGACAAGUUCCGUGCCAUGCAGAAGCAAUGGAAGGAUGAACGCGAGGGAAAUGCGCAGGGCCAGGCUCAGGCGCAACCUCAGAGCCAGAACACAGCGCAAUCGCCCCCACAACAGCAGCAGCAGCAGCAACCGCCGCAACAACAGCCCCAAGCGCCUCAGCGCCAGCCUUCACAACCUAACAUGCCCGCGCAGCCCCAAGUGAAAGAGGAGCCGCAAAUCAAGAUUGAGGGCGGACAGACACUACAACCACAACCCCAACAACAAUCGCAAACUCAACCCCAACCACAACCCCAGUUCAACAUGCAACAAAACCAGGGAAACCACCAGCAGGGCCCGCCGCAACAGCAGCAUAACCAACAACACAACCAGCAGAUGCCGCCUUCACUUCCGCAGCAGCAGCAGCAGCAGCAGCAACAACAAAUGCAGCAAGGACAGCCGCAAGCUCGACCUCCGCCAGGGCCUCACUCGCAGACGAUGCCUCCAGGCCAGAUGCCGCAAUUCGCGCAGGGACAACAGCAACAGAACUUCCACCAGCAGCAACAGCAGCAGCGACCUCAGAUCAACCCCAUGCAGGCGAACGCGCACCAGCAGAGCAACUCACCACAUCCUCAAUCCGCCGCUUCGAACGCGCCCGGCCCACCAAUUCCUCUCUCCCACAGCGCCGCCGUCAGCGCCGCGAACCGCUCCUACACAGACCCGCAACGCACAAACACACCUAUGCAGCAAGGCGGACAAGGCGGCAACUUUGGCAGUCGCGAGCGCGAGCAGCUUAAUAACCCUAAGAUGCCUAUCCCUCGCCAUCUCAACGUGACUUCACCUCAAGCCGUCCACAUGGGCCAAUCACGGCCUACUAUGAGUGGUCCUACCAAUGGCGCGCCAGGACCCAUGGGCCAACCCGUUAUCCCACGUCCACCACCAUUCCAACUCGAAGGCGAAGGCGACCGGGUACUCAGCAAGCGUAAGCUAGACGAACUCGUGAGACAAGUAACCGGUGGCUCAGAGGAGGCCCUAACGCCAGAAGUCGAAGAGGCCGUCCUGCAACUCGCCGACGACUUUGUCGACAACGUCAUCAGCAACGCGUGCAAGCUUAGCAAGCUUCGCGAUUCGCCUCAGCUCGACAUCCGCGAUAUCCAAGUCAUUCUCGAGCGCAAUUACAAUAUCCGUAUUCCAGGAUACGCGUCUGAUGAGGUGAGGACUGUGAGGAAGAUUGUGCCUGCGCAGGGCUGGGCGAACAAGAUGAGUGCGGUGAAUGCGGCGAAGGUCAUGGGUGGGAAGGCGGACUUUUAG